AUGCCUUGGUCCUGUCCGCGGUUGAAGUGGUUUAGUCCGUUUGUUCGGCGUUCCUGCCAUGCUAGAUUUCAGCUGCUUUGAUCCGUAGCCCCUUUUGUGUCAGUAGCACAAACAAAAUGUCAUGGCUACAGUCUGUAAUCAGCCAGUGCAAUGAAGAUGUAUUUGAUGAAAAUGCCGAUGAGAUGGAGAUAGCCCAGAAAGAAUGGAAGAGUGCAAUGGAGAAACGAGUCAAGGAGGGUUAUAGGGAAGGUGUUGAAGCUGGGAAAGUGCUAAAACUUCAACAAGGCUUCAAUCAGGGUUAUAAAGAAGCAGUAAGGAUGAUGUUUGAGUGUGGCCAACUCAAAGGAACUAUAAGUGCUCUUCUGUCUUGGUGUCAUCAGAAUAAACACAGCCCUGAAGUGCUGAGUGAGAUGACUGAUCUGCUGAAUCAAUUAAGAAAAUAUGAAGAAUAUGUGCUUAAGAAUUUAAAUUGUGUAAAUCAUCAAACCCAUGUUGGAGACUUGCUAGAUACUCUUAAUGACAUGGAUCUUGGUCAUGAAUGCUUUCCUGUUGAACAACGUAAUGGAACCUGUGCUGAAUUUAGUACAAACUGUUGCAGAGAUAAUGGAACAGAUUCAUUUCAUGGUGAAUGUUGUGGAAGGACAGGAGGUCACAAAGAUUCUGAAAGGACAACCCUUUCUUGGCUAAAAGAAAAAACUGCCAAUAUGAUGGAACAAUUUGGUUUGUCUCGAGACAUAGUUGAACAUACAUAGUUCUUGCAAAAUAAAUGUGUUACUUCAAAUUGUA